CGCAUCCAUUUUGACAGUGAGCUUCCUAGCCAGUUAGCAUCUUGCAAAGUUAUGGCUAUUUGGUGAUCUUUAACGAAUAUUUUCCCCAAAAGUUACAGAUACGUAGACCUAAGUUUGACUAACGCUGUUCCCCUAAGGGAGGCUUUAAGUUAUGCGUAGAGGUCCCGUACCAGCUGCCCUUUCACCAGGCGUUGACAAUUUAGCGAUCUGCUUAGGCGCCUUAAUGCGCCUUUUAGUCCGCGGGCAGCCUGAGCUCGGCGGUCCGUGCAUUCCGGCUUCGCCUGGAUACCGUCCAUAAAUCGGGUACACUGACCUGGCGUGAAACCAACCAAGUCCGUUUUAAUCUAUAUUAUGAGGAGGCUAAUCUGAUCUUAUCCGACCAGUUAGGUGGUUGGUAAACCCGUCGAGCCUCCGCGUUAGGUGGUUGUGGUUUACCUUGUGUAUCUGUACCUGUCACCAGCUAACGCGGAUGUCAGCCCUGGUUUACUCUUUGUUUCUGGCGAUCGGCUUCGUUGUGCGCAGAUCGUCGCCCAGUCCGGCCGUACUAUAUUUCAGUUGUCUGGUCGCUAACUACCCGUAAGUCUUCCGGACGAAUCCACCCUUUCGCGGCACCCACACGCCCGCUUGGCUCGCCCUUCCCCAGACACUCCUUUCCCAUUUUGCUGCCGGACUCGCAGUGAAGCUGCUUUAAAGGGCGCGAAGAAGCGACAUUAACUAUUAAAAACCAUGGAUAAAACGGAGCUUAUCCAGAAGGCGAAGCUGGCCGAACAGGCUGAGCGCUACGACGACAUGGCUUCGUCCAUGAAGGAGGUGACGGAGCAGGGAGCCGAGCUGUCCAACGAGGAGCGCAACCUGCUCUCUGUCGCCUACAAGAACGUGGUGGGGGCCCGGCGAUCGGCCUGGAGGGUUAUCUCUAGCAUCGAGCAAAAGACCGAGGGUGGCGACAAGAAGCUGCAGAUGGUCAAGGAAUACCGGGAGAAAGUGGAGUCCGAGCUACGAGAUAUCUGCAACGACGUGCUGGGACUACUGGGUAAAUACCUAAUUGCCAACUCCACUAACCCUGAGAGCAAAGUCUUCUAUUUAAAGAUGAAGGGAGACUACUACAGAUACCUUGCUGAAGUUGCAUCUGGAGAGGACAGGAAAGAGACGAUAGCCAGUUCUCAGGGUGCUUAUCAGGAGGCAUUCGACAUCAGCAAGAAGGAGAUGCAGCCCACACACCCCAUCCGCCUGGGCCUGGCUCUCAACUUCUCCGUCUUCUACUAUGAGAUUCUCAACUCCCCGGAGCAGGCGUGUUCACUGGCUAAACAGGCCUUUGACGAAGCCAUCGCGGAGCUCGAUACACUGAACGAAGACUCGUACAAAGACAGCACUCUCAUCAUGCAGCUGCUAAGAGACAAUCUGACAUUAUGGACAUCUGACAACACAGCAGAUGACGGCGAGGCCGGAGAUGGAGGCGAUAAUUAGAUGCCCAGGGAGUCACCCCCGUCGACACAAAAACAGGAAAAGAAGAAAAACCUUUUUACACACCAUCAUUCCUUAUUGUUCCACUAUUCUAGCAAUGGAAGCCCAUCAUUACUGAAGAGCUAUUUGUGGAAAUUUUUCACACAGCUGCUUUUGGGAGAGCAAAACAAUUUAUCCAUACUGAUAUUUUAAAGUAACUCUGCUCCUUGGUUUUUGUGUGUUGUCCCAACAUUCCUCAUGUCAUUUAUGUUGGAAAGUAUUAAUUGUUUCACUUUACAUUGAGUAACUUCCAUUUAAAAUUCAAAAAUGACUUUGAAGGGCUUUGUGAGUCUUCAGAAAAUGUCUGAAUGUCAGUGCUAAGAAAGUCUAGAACCCAGGAUUUUGUGGGAAAUUACAUGAAAAUUCCUGUAUUCUUGGUUCCCCCUUGUCCCAUAAUUCUCAGCAAGGUAAUCCAAUAAUGUUACAGCAGUUGUCUGAAUCAGUCGUUUCAGAACCCAGCUUGCUAGGGGGUAUUACGGCGGUAAAGCAUCUGCAAGCUGUGAUUGGUUGAUUCAUGCUAUGUACUCGCGAGGCAAUGGUUGCUUACAGUCACUCAUUAGUCUAUCAUUCCUUCAAAGGUCAUGAAAUGCUCCUGUCCUCUGUGGUACCCAUUUCAAUGUGUUACUUUGUAGCAUGUCUGACUUAAAGGUGAUGCCUAGAGACCGAACAAUGACACAAGCUAUGUGCAUGUUUUUAUUUUAAUUUACUUCGGAAUGGGAAAUAAAUCACACACUAGUCCAAGUGUUCUAUUUAGUUCUCUUCAAUGCAGGUUUGUGCACAUGUCCGGAGGGUGUUUGGUUUGUCCAGUGACUGUCAUUUUGCGAUUUGGACCACUAUUGUGUUUUGCUAAUCAUUGAUUGUAGUUCCCAAAAGCCUUGUGAAAACGUUAAAUGCCCUGUGUAACAGCUUAUGUACCAUGAAUAAAAUGACAUUUUAUAAACCAACAA